AAAAUUGAAUGAACAGUUACAGGCAACGGCAGCUAUAUGAUCAUAUCGGAAAUGCUACCAGAACUGCUGUUUUCGGUUGGAGGUGGCAUGCAAGACUUCUCGAAGGAUGAUCUAGGAUUGCUGGGUUCUAGUGGCGUCAGUCACGAAAAAGACACUCUCGUACAUACGCACGCACAGCACGAUCAUCACAACGCCGUUCACCAGAGUCAUUUGAGUUCAACCGGAAGCGGACACUCGGUGGGCCUUGUAGUGGAUGAGAUUAAGCUAACGCACAUACCGGAUCUACUGGAACCGGGCGAUGGUGGCAAGUUGGAAGAAUCAGAUCGUGACUUAUAUCCCUGGCAUACUGGAGCUACCAUUGGGAGUAGGUUUCUGCGCAGUUCAGAUGAUCCGUUGAUCUCCGGUGGUACCAACGAUAAUCCGCACGAUAAUGAGCUUAGUGUGCCCACGGUCAGCCAGUCUAUGUGUCCGUCGCCAAUCACACCACCACCACCAGCCAAACAUCGUCACCCGAGCGUCAUCCUAUCACCGGUCGACCUGCCGGACGCGACCCUCUCACCCUUACCGACACCACCGAAGGUCGUCGGCCCGAAGGAGCAACCGCAAAAGCGCACCAACGGUGCUCCUAGGGCGCGCCGAAAGGGACCGCUCAAGCUGCGGUUCCACCACCAGGCACUGCCCCAGGAAUAUCUCGACCACUAUGAGGCAACGCAAAACAAUCUGCAAACCAAGAGGGAUAAUCCAGUGCCUGCAUCGUCCAAUCAAUCGAAACCAUCGUCACAGCGGCAGCUGGCGAAAGCAAACCACACCACGGCACACACAUCAAGGAAGGGAAUGAUGGAACGGCAAGCCGCCCUAGAGCGUGAGGAACGUACGAACGAAUCGGUACGGAGCUGGCUGCAGAAGAUACUGGAGCUGCAAAAGGAAGGUGUGUCAAUGGCACCGCUCAAGGAAGAGAUAGUGCCACCGUCCCAGACCUCGCCGUGCAGUGUGGUGAGCGAUGGUGCCACCAGCAAUCAGAACGGUGUGCAGCAGAAAAGGAUCGUAAGCUACACGGAUCUACCGUACAUGGGGGAAAUAACGCUCGAGAACUCGAAACCGAGACGUGGAAGAAAGCCAAAAAAGGCCGAUAUUUGUCACUUGAUCUACAAGAACUAUGGCACCAUUCUCCCGGGCACUCCUAGCCGAGAGCUUGGGCUGGAGAAAGGGAUGCUACCGAAGGGAUGUUCAAAGUCUGUCGCUAGCCUCCUCGAGCGACGUCUCACGUCGUCCGAUGAGAGGAAACAGUUGUGUGUUGGGGACAGCAAACCACUAGACGCAUUGGAACUGGUUGCAAGCAAAGGACGACGGAAAGAGGAACCCUUAAAUCUGUGUGUCCGUGAUUCGGGUGGCAAUGUCCUACCGGCGCCCGGUGGAGAAACGUUUAGUGUUUCUAGCUCCGAAGAAGAUCCCGAUGAGGUGUUUGCAUCGUCGUGUCCAACGCCCAUAAUUACUCCAUCGGACAUUUACACCGAUCAAGCGCUGGCUGCCAACAUGAAGCUCUCACUGCCAACUUUGCAAUCAUCAGCGGGAAGUACAACGGAGACACCGUCAACCGCUGAAACUCCACCCGGAUGCACGUACUGGUCUUCCAGUGCGAAUGGUCUAUUUGCUCAUCCAAUAUCGAUGUACAAAUCGGCAUCCUCGGUCCCCUCUGGGGAAGUUCACAGUAAGCUUCCGGAAGAUCACUUGAGUAGAGAUAGUCGCCCGGUACCCCCUUCCUCGAGCGCAUCGUCUCCUCCGAACUCUCCGGAUGCUGCGAAGGCUAAUCAUCAGCUGCAUCCUCUGCUUGUUCCGAAGCACAUAUCGCAGCUGAUCAAGCACGAUAAGCAAUCGUCACCUACUAGCACCGGAUCAGCAGCAGGACAGCGAUCUCCCCCGGCACAGAAACGGAAACGAUCGGCCAUUUUUAUCCCACCGGUCCCGGCAGAGAACAGUCCCAAUCCGGCGACGGAGGUGAGCAUCUGUAAGUUUAAGUUCACCGGCGGUGCCAAACCAUGUCUGCAGGAGAAGAAGAUACUGAGCGUUGAUUCGGGUGGUAACUUCCGAUACUACUCCGGCACGGGCGAUAAAUCGAUGCGUGGCUAUGAGUUUUUCCCGCGCGAAAGUCUUCAGCAGAGCAGCAUCAAUGCCACCAGCACUACGGGUGCUUUUUUGAAUGCAUCCGGUGAACGGAUUGCCUGUGACCUUCCACCUCCUUCGCUCGGGUUAAGUAACGAUCUGCUUCAAAUACCGGAGUUCCCAACAUCACCCCAACCGUGCGGAUCACUGCCAGGAGAUCCAUCAUCGCCGGUUCCAUGCAAUGGGAACCAACCGUACCGGAUGAACGUGGCCAACAGUGCGGCCGAUAGAAGGCGCCGGAAAACUCGUCGUGCAACGCAGCGUGAGUCGCUGGAAAAGACGUUCAAGGAAAAGGGAUUCCUCAUCCAAACGCAACAGCUCCAAUCGGCCGAAGGUGCGACCUACUGUAAAUUUAGACAAUUACGCAAAUUUACCCGCUAUCUCUUCCGAAGCUGGAAAGACUAUCUGCCCGGAGAGCUGCAGCAGCAGCAACAACAAUCGCCGGAGCAACAGACACACCCGCUACCGGAUGGAGAGCUUACUAACAUGACACUGCCAGCUCGGGAGGAUCACACGAUCGACGAAGAGUCCUUGCUUGCUUCCUCAACCAGCAGCGCUCAGCGAAUGGACACGGUGGAGGUUUGUGAGAAUGGCAAUUCACCGAAUAGGGCACCAUCGAGGACAUAUCAUCGCUUACCAGGACGAAAUCAUGAGUCUUCUGCUAGCGUUACAGCGCAGCAGGUCGUCCAUUCCGAAACGCUGGUGAUCGAUUCCACCUACCAUCGACACGGAACUUCCUCACCGGUGGUCAACUAUCGCCGUCAUGCGGAUGAAGCGAAAAGCGUUCUGCCUUAG